GCAGAAAUCUUGAGAUUUAGUUUUAUUUGCCAAAGGUUAGUUCAGCUAGUUUCAGUUAAGCUGAAAAUGGAGCAAAACUUAACAGUUUUCAGUUAUAAAACUUUGGAGUUUGAGACUUUUUUAAAUCUCUUUAUGCAACGUGAACAAGAAAUUUUAAACUCAGUAACCACUUCAAUCUUUACAGGUGGGUUUAUUGUUUUUAUAACUACACUUUGGCUACCUGCACCUUAUGGGCGUUACUCAUAUACUGGAAAAUUAUUUUUAUUACCAAUAUCUCCUCGCUUUGGAUGGUUUUUACAAGAAUUGCCAGCUUUUUUAGUACCUUGUAUUGUUAUUGGAAGUUCUUGCUUGAGUAACUCGCAAUAUAAGUUUUCUAGACUUCAAUUAACUGUUCUCGGAUGUUUUGUGCUUCAUUACCUAAUUAGAACGUUUUAUUAUUCUUACAAUAUAAACGGAGGAAAAUCGUCACCGCUUAUUGGCUACUUAUUGGCUGGUUCGUUUUGUUUCAUAAAUGGAUAUAUUCAAUCGCGUGGCAUGCUAUUGUCUAAAAGCACUUUAGAUGAUAAUCUUACACGAGUAGUUUUUGGUAUUUUGAUUUUCUUGGUUGGCUUGGCAAUAAACGUGCACAGUGACUUUCUUUUAAGCAAUUUGCGCAAACCUGGUGAGACGGACUACAAGAUACCACAAGGUGGUUUGUUUAAUGUUGUUUCGUGUGCAAAUUACACUGGGGAAAUUACAGAAUGGAUUGGUUUUGCAAUUGCAGCUUGGAAUUUGUACGCAUUUUCAUUUGCUUAUUUUACAAUGGCUUUUCUAGUUCCAAGAGCUAUACGACAUCACAGGUUUUACCAAGAAAAGUUUAAAGACUAUCCAAAAAAUAGAAAAGCUGUCCUGCCGUUUUUAUUAUGAAAGCUGUCCUGCCGUUUUUAUUAUGAAAGCUGUCCUGCCGUUUUUAUUAUGAAAGUUGUCCUGCCGUUUUUAUUAUGAAAGAAAAUUACUGAGAAUAGAGUACCAUUCUUGAAAUCUUUUAUAAAGAUUUAGGAAAAAAAAAAAGUUAAUAAAAAUGAAAU